AUGACGGAGAAAAAAACCGCCGCGGCAUACCUGAACGCUCUUUCUUGGACCAAACGAAUAAACAUGAUCAUUUUCUUGUUAUUGAUCCUCCUAAAUAUACUCAUAAAUUUCGCCUACGAGGAGCAAUUAUCAGAGGCCACGAAUGUUAAUAAAGAAAAAAACUCAACCGAACCAAAACCGACGAACAACUCCAUAAUCACAAACUCAUCCGAUCCAGUGCAUUUGAACAACACUGUAACAUAUGAAGAAGUAUCGUUGAAUGAUUAUGAUAAAACUAUCAACAGAAAAUAUUGCGGCGAAGAAC